AUGACGACCGAAGCCACGGCCCGUCUGUUUUUCUCCUCAAAGUUCUUUGCCGUCGUCGGCGCUAGCUCUAACCCCGCCAAGUUCGGCCACAAGAUCUUCGCCUGGUACCUCGAACACUCCAUCCCCGCCAUCCCUGUGAACCCGACCGCCGGCACCGUCAACGCCCUCGGCAAGGACCACCCGGCCAUCCCCAACCUCGCCGCCCUCCCCCACCCGAAGGAGACGGCUGUCUCCAUCAUCACCCCGCCCCCCGCGACCCUGAAGGUCCUGCGCGAGGCCAAGGAGCUGGGCAUCCGCGCCGUCUGGCUGCAGCCCGGCACCUUUGACGACGCCGUCCUCGACUUCGCUCGCGGCGAGGGCGGCUUCGAGGCCGUCGUCGAAGGCUUCGGCGGCGGCACGCGCGGCGGCGAGGGCUGGUGCGUCCUCGUCGACGGCGAGAGGGCGCUCAAGGCCGCUGGGAAGCUGUGA